AGAGUCCACCUUCUCCCACCUUCUACUCCGCAUCCAAUCAAUCCACCCGCUGUUCUUGAAAACCAUAGUAAGAUGGCCGGCCCACUUCCUCCGCUGAACCAGGAGGCAGCCUUCCAGAAGCUGCAGGAGUACUACGACAAGCAGGGCAAGGACCUGAACAUCAAGGAUCUGUUUGUCAAGGAUGCUAAGAGGUUCUCCAAAUACAGCCUGCGCCUGCACACCCAGAACGAUGGGGAGAUACUGCUGGACUACUCGAAGAACCGCAUCAACGACGAGGUCUGGGAGCUGCUCCUCGCCUUGGCCAAGGUGCGUCGCGUGGACGCCGCCCGGGAUGCCAUGUUCUCCGGCCAGCACAUCAACAUCACCGAGAACCGAGCCGUUUUGCACACGGCCCUGCGCAAUCGCGGCACCGAUCCCGUCCUGGUCGACGGCAAGGACGUGAUGCCCGACGUCCGGGCGGAGCUGACCCACAUGAAGGAGUUCACCAACAAGGUCAUCUCGGGCGUUUGGCGCGGCUGCACCGGCAAACAGAUCACCGACGUGGUCAACAUCGGCAUCGGUGGCUCCGAUCUGGGACCGCUGAUGGUCACCGAGGCACUGAAGCCAUACGGCAAGGGCCUCCACUCGCACUUCGUCUCCAAUAUCGACGGCACCCACCUGGCCGAGGUGCUCAAGAAGGUCAGCUACGAGACCACGCUGUUCAUCGUCGCCUCGAAGACCUUCACCACCCAGGAGACCAUCACGAACGCCACCUCCGCCAAGACCUGGCUGCUGGAGCAUUCCAAGGAGCCCGAGUCCGUUGCCAAGCAUUUCGUCGCCCUUUCGACCAACAAGGAAAAGGUCACCGAAUUCGGCAUUGACAGCGCCAACAUGUUCGGCUUCUGGGAUUGGGUGGGAGGACGCUACUCCCUGUGGUCGGCCAUUGGACUCUCCAUUUGCCUGUCCAUCGGCUUCGAGAACUUCGAGCAGCUCCUGGAUGGAGCCCAUUACAUGGAUAACCACUUCAGGUCGACGCCGUUCGAGAAGAAUGCUCCUGUUAUCCUCGCCCUCCUCGGCGUUUGGUACUCCAACUUCUUCAAGGCGGAGACCCAUGCCCUGCUGCCCUACGAUCAGUACUUGCACCGCUUCGCCGCCUAUUUCCAGCAGGGCGACAUGGAGAGCAACGGCAAGUUCGUGAGCAAGGCGGGCAAGGCCGUGAAGUACAGCACAGGUCCGAUUGUGUGGGGCGAGCCGGGCACCAACGGCCAGCACGCCUUCUACCAGCUCAUCCACCAGGGCACCCGCCUGAUCCCCUGCGACUUCAUUGCCCCCGCCCAGACGCACAAUCCCAUUGCCGGCGGCAAGCACCACAAGAUCCUGCUGUCGAACUUCCUCGCCCAGACGGAGGCCCUAAUGGCCGGAAAGACGGUGGACGAGGCCAGGGCCGAGCUCACCAAGGCUGGACUGUGCGGCAACGAGCUGGACAACUUGCUGCCCCACAAGGUGUUCGUUGGCAACCGGCCGACCAACUCGAUUGUGGUGAAGAAGGUCUCACCUUUCACCCUGGGCGCUUUGAUUGCGCUCUACGAGCACAAGAUCUUCGUGCAGGGCAUCAUUUGGGACAUCAACUCGUUCGACCAGUGGGGCGUUGAGCUGGGCAAGCAGCUGGCCAAGGCCAUCGAGCCGGAGCUGGAUCACUGCAACGAGGUCUCCACGCACGACAGUUCCACGAACGGCUUAAUUAACUUCAUCAAGGCCAAUUGGAAGUAAUCAUCUGUGGCUAUUUGUUGCAAAUUAAAAUGAAAUGUUGACACAAA